AUGUCUGUGUUUCUUGACAAUCCAGAUGAUAUUCGCAUAUCUCAUCCAUUGCUAGGUCCUUCCUCACCGAAAAACAAAGCUCAUCGAUCUGCCUUGUCCGAUUGCAAUAAAUCACUGCUGCGGGACGACUGCGAAAAUACGACGAAGAUGGCCAACAAGAGACUCACUACUUGUUCCACGAUGGCGAAACCAUCUCCGGCACUGUAA